GGGGCGGGGGGUGGCUGAUCUGUGAAGACGGAAUUUCCUGCCCAUUUGCUCCUCACACCUUCCGGAGGCCAAAUGGGCGGCCCAGCUGCGGCCCAAAGGGGGAGGGGCGCAGGCGUCCGGCAGAUGGCGGCAUUUACAUACAGCUGGAGCCGCCUCGCAGGCGGGGGCUCCCCACCCGGCGUCUGGUGCAUCCGUGAUGCGGGGUUUGGAAGGGUGGCUUUGUCUUCGGGAGGGCAGCGCACACACCAAGCAUGUACACACAUACACACAGGUCCACAAAGAACCCGGGAUCUUCAUCGCCCGCACACAUGGCUACGCCCUUGGGCUUCCCGACACCCAAUCUCGUUCACACGUGGACGCUUGGUUAUUCACAGCUGACACAGACCCUACCACACACGCACAGCCACCUAGAGGUACCUGCACAGACCUCAAAGUUAGAGGCUCACGUGACUCCACACAGUGGUCCAGGAUCUCACCUUCAUUCUUACACAGGCCCAGAGAAGCAUCCACAACAGCCACACAGUCCCCAAAAGUCAGACAAUCAUGAAGUCACGUACAUCUCUAUUCUCCCAUGCUGGUGCACACGCAUACACACACACACAACCACAGAAUCUUAGAAUUACGUACAACCUCACAAAUAGUCUUAACUGUAUACACUUUUAGGCACACGUGGAGGCACGCGGUCUCAGCCAGGCACACAAUCACAGAGUCACGUACAGCCUCCCGCCAGCAGCUCUUGCUCACACUGCAUGCACGCACAGAAUCUUAAAACCCUGUAUAGCCUAAUACACUGUCUUAAGCCCCUAACCCCACCCCACCCUGAGUCACACGCGGAGUCAGGCCCAAAGCACACGCAGGAUGGCACACUCACUGCAUAGCCGGUGCCCAUACCGCAAUCCACGGUUGCUCCGGCAAGCUCCCCUUCUCCUGCGACCUCCUCCCCUGGGGUCUCCCGGAGCCCGGCGGCUGCCUGAAGGGGCGGGGCCGUCCCCUCACAUAUAAGGCUCGGGAGCCCGCAGCUGCUGCUUCCAGCACCCCCCCGAAAGGCCAUGGUCAGCCCGCAGAUGCCCCAGCUCUUGCCCCGGACAGUGAUCCUGGCGCUUAUUUUCCUUCCCCAGGCACGGCCUGCAGGCGUCUUCGAGCUGCAGAUCCACUCUUUCGGGCCGGGACCAGGACCGGGUGCCCCGCGGUCCCCCUGCAUUGCGCAGGGCCCGUGUCGCCUCUUCUUUAGGGUCUGCCUGAAGCCAGGGGUCUCCGAGGAGGCCGCCGAGUCUCCGUGCGCCCUGGGCGCGGCGCUGACUGCGCGAGGACCGGUCUACACCCAACAGCAGCCCGAAGCGCUGGCGCCUGACCUGCCGCUGCCCGACGGCUUCAUGCGCGUUCCCUUCCGGGAAGCCUGGCCGGGCACCUUCUCUCUCAUCAUCGAAACCUGGAGAGAGGAGUUAGAAGAGAUUGGAGGGCCAGCCUGGAGCCUGCUGGCACGCGUGGCGGGUCGGCGCCGCCUGGCGGCCGGGGGCCCGUGGGCCCGGGACGUGCAGCGCGCAGGCGCCUGGGAGCUGCGCUUCUCCUACCGCGCGCGCUGCGAGCCGCCAGCCGUUGGGACCGCAUGCGCGCGCCUCUGCCGUUCGCGCAGCGCCUCCUCGCGGUGCGGCUCGGGACUGCGCCCCUGCACGCCGGUCGAGGACGAGUGUGAGGCCACGCCAGCGUGUCGCCAGGGCUGCAGUCCAGACCACGGCUUCUGCGAGCAGCCCAACGAAUGUCGAUGCCUGGAGGGCUGGACUGGGCCCCUCUGCACCAUCCCGGUCUCCAGCAGCUGCCUCACUCCCAGGGGCCCGUCUCCUGCCACCCCUGGAUGCCUUGUACCCAGGCCUGCGCCCUGUGACGGGAACCCGUGCGCCAACGGGGGCAGCUGUAGCGAGACCCCGGGAUCCUUCGAAUGUGCCUGUCCCCGAGGGUUCUACGGACUGCGGUGUGAGGUGAGCGGGGUGACAUGUGCGGAUGGACCCUGCUUCAAUGGCGGCUUGUGUGUGGGAGGCGCAGACCCUAACUCUGCCUACAUCUGCCACUGCCCGCCCGGGUUUCAAGGCUCCAACUGUGAGAAGAGAGUGGAUCGCUGCAGCCUGAAGCCAUGCCGGAACGGCGGGCUCUGCCUGGACCUGGGCCACGCCCUGCGCUGCCGCUGCCGCGCGGGCUUCGCGGGGCCGCGCUGCGAGCACGACCUGGACGACUGCUCCGGCCGCGCCUGCGCCAACGGCGGCACGUGCCUAGAGGGCGGCGGCGCGCGGCGCUGCUCCUGCGCUCUGGGCUUCGGCGGCCGUGACUGCCGCGAACGCGCCGACCCGUGCGCCGCGCGCCCCUGCGCCCACGGCGGCCGUUGCUACGCCCACUUCUCUGGCCUUGUCUGCGCCUGCGCCCCCGGCUACAUGGGCGCGCGCUGCGAGUUCCCGGUUCACCCCGACGGCGCGGACGAUGGCGCACGGGUAUUGCCCGCAGAGCUGCCGGGCCUGAAACAGGGGGACCCGCAGCGCUUUCUUUUGCCUCCGGCCUUGGGACUGCUGGUGGCCGCGGGCUUGGCCGGCGCGGCGCUCUUGCUGGUCCACGUGCGGCGCCGAGGCCCCGGCCAGGAUACUGGGUCUCGCUUGCUGGCGGGAACCCCGGAGCCAUCGAUGCACGCGCUCCCAGAUGCACUCAACAACAGAAGAACGCAGGAGGGUUCGGAGGAUGGGCCAAGCCAGCCAGCGGAUUGGAAUCACCCUGAAGAUGGAGACUCUCAUGCGAUUUACGUCAUAUCGGCUCCUUCCGUCUAUGCCCGGGAGGCCUGACCUGCCCCUUCUCCAUCAGCGCCUGGAGACAGAACCUGGAUAUUUUUGUACUUACUUGGUGGUGCCCAAUCUCUGCCUGAGACACUUUGGAGCUGGACGGCGUGGGUGGGAGAAUUUUACCUUUGGGAGUUGUAUAUAAUGCUUAUUUAAAUCCAAUUUUCCCCCUCCUCUCUAGAGACGUCUAUAAAGGCUCUUAUUUUGAUCA